CUGUUCCUUACGAGUCGAGCGGAUCGGAAGAAAAAUGUUAGGAAAUUGUUGCUUCUCUUUCGUUCUGCUAACAAUCUUCAUUUUAUUGCAUUCUGGAAAGGCGGAUAUUAGAAAGGAUUGUCGCAGAGAAUCGAAGGUUUCAUGGGUCGCGUUAAGGAAGCUAAAGGCCGGAGACUUGGAACAAGAAGAUCAAAACUUAAAAUGCUACCUGAAGUGCUUCAUGAUGAGGCACGGUAUCUUGGACAAGAACGCGGAAGUGGACGUGCAAAGGGCGCUACGGCAUCUGCCACGCCGCAUGCAGGACUCAUCCAAGAAACUGUUGGACAAGUGUAAAUGUGUUGAGGGCUCCGAUCCUUGCGACAAGGCCUACAACAUGGUUAAAUGUUACGUAGGACAUCAUCCAGAGAUUUUGCGCAACGUCCAUUUCCUGUAGAGCUCUCGUUGGAGACACUCAGCCGCAGGGAGAGACGCUCAAGUAUUCAAGAAGAGAAGACAAUAUUACUCUUGGUUUCGUGCAAUCAUUAUGGGAGAUAAAAGAAGAAGAUAGAGGGAUACGGAAUGUUUGACGUUGAAUGUAAUUAUAGGUUUAGUAUGGGAUAAACGAUGGUGUAAU